GAGAGAGAGAAAGAGAGGAGGAGAGGGAGAUAGCGGGGGAGCGUUUCACUUAGUCUGAUAUCAAUGGCAGUUAGGGUUUCUCGUUGAUAUGGAUAUAGUGACCCAACCCGUAUGACUUUUCAUUUUGAUGCUUUUUCGUAGAAAAAUCUCAUCCCCUCGUCUAUUUUUUUUCUUUCAAAACCCUAAUUCUGCUUUUGGUGGUACGGCGAUUUGAGUUCAGAGGCUUCUUUCCGUGCGGUGAAUUACGUGAACUUGGUGACGAGGCUGAGCUCUUAGGUUAUUCACAUGGGUUCACAGGAUAAAUCCCCAAACUCCGGCAGCAAUAACAUGCAGCGUGUAAAAGUAUACAGACUGAAUGAGGAUGGCAAAUGGGAUGAUCAAGGAACUGGCCAUGUCACUGUUGAUUAUCUGGAAAGAUCAGAAGACCUUGGGUUGUUUGUAAUUGACGAGGAGGAUAAUGAAACAUUGUUGUUGCAUCGUAUCAGUGCAAAUGAUAUCUAUCGUAAGCAAGAUGAUACAAUUAUCUCAUGGAGGGAUCCUGAAUUUUCAACUGAAUUAGCCCUUAGCUUCCAAGAGACAACCGGUUGCUCCUACAUAUGGCUAGGAUCAAAUUUGCACUAUGCAGAGGAAUCUGCAAUUUACCUCUCUAACCAAAACAGUUUCAGGGUAAUGAAUAUUUUACGGGUAGUUGUGAGGGAAGCGGGAAGGAAAUAUGUUAUUAUUGGUGAGACAUUCCCUAACGUUGCCAAUGAGCUGAAGGAGUUGCCACCAGUUGAACUGUCAACUCUCCCGUUGAUACUUAAGGCCCCUUGUUAUUUCAUCAUUCUUUCAUUGCACAGAGACUAUUCACUCUUGUUUCUGGUUUUACAGAUUAUUGAAGGUAGUCUUGCAGAUCAAUCGCGGGUGUCUGAACUUAUAUUGCAGGACCAAGAUUUUUUUCGGAAGCUGAUGGACCUGUUUAGGAUAUGCGACGAUUUAGAAAAUGUAGAUGGUCUGCACUUGAUUUUCAAAAUUGUCAGAGGGAUCAUUUUUCUAAAUAAUUCACAGAUAUUUGAGAAAAUAUUUGGGGAUGAGUUGAUUAUGGAUAUAAUGGGAUGCCUGGAAUUUGGUAGCCUGCUCAUUUCUAUGUUUAACUGCAUCGUUGGUAAUGGUACUAGCUUGAACUUUGUUGCAGAUGAUCCUGACGUGCCUCAGGCUGAUCAUCGUAACUUUUUAAAGGAUCAUGUGGUUUUUAAGGAGGCCAUACCCAUUAAAGAUCCUGUAGUCCUCUCGAAGAUACAUCAGACUUACAGAAUCGGUUAUCUGAAGGAUGUCAUUUUACCCAGAGCCUUGGAUGACGGCAUAGUUGCAAAUUUUAACUCUAUUAUUCAUUCAAAUAAUGCAGUUGUUGUUUCUUUGCUAAAGGAUGACAGUACCUUCAUCAAGGAAUUAUUUGCUAGGAUGAAGUCUCCUACCACUUCUGUAGAAUCAAAAAGAACAUUGGUAUGCUUUUUGCAUGAGUUCUGUACCUUAAGUAAAAGCUUGCAGAUGGUGCAUCAGCAUCGGCUAUUUAGGGAUCUCGUCAGUGAAGGCAUUUUUGAUAUCCUAGAAGAUGUUCUGCGGAGUGAAGACAAAAGGCUUGUUUUGACAGGGACAGACAUCCUUACUCUUUUCCAGAAUCUUGAUUCAAAUAUUUUGCGUGCUUAUGUGGCUAGGCAGGAAGGUGAUCUUUUUGGACUUCUGGUUAAAAAUAUGCUCACGGAUUUUGGAGACGACAUGCACUGGCAAUUUGUUGAAAUUCUUCGCAGUCUUCUGGAAGCACCUACACCAGGACCUGGACCACCGAGAGAAAACAUAGUGGAGAUUUUCUACGAGAAGCACUUGGGUCAAUUAAUUGACACAAUAACAUCGUCAUGCGGUGCAAACCAACAUGGUCAAAUUGGGGGCAGUUCUGGGAGCUCGGAUGGAGAAUCCAGGAGUCAAAGUGAUGUGAAACCUGAGAUAUUAUUGAACAUUUGUGACCUGCUAUGCUUCUGCGUUUUGCAACACCCUUUCAGGAUAAAAUGCAAUUUUCUACUUAACAGUGUAAUCGAUAAGGUUUUAUAUUUGACGAGAAGAAGAGAGAAGUAUCUUGUAGUUGCUGCUGUAAGAUUUGUUCGGGCACUUGUUUCUCGCAGUGAUGAACACCUGUUGAAACAUCUAGCAAAGAACAAUGUUCUGAAACCAAUUAUAGAUGCAUUUGUUGCCAAUGGGGAUCGUUACAAUCUUCUAAAUUCUGCAGUUCUUGACCUCAUUGAAUUUAUACGGAAGGAGAACUUGAAAGUCUUGAUCCGAUAUCUGGUUGAUACUUUCUGGGAUCAAUUGGCUAAAUUUGAAAGUUUAUCCUCUAUUCAGGCUCUCAAAGUUAAAUAUGAACAGUCGCUCGAAAGCAUCGGCACAACAAGCACUGCUAGUUUAUUAGACCAACGGAAACGACUUGAUGAACGCGCUUUGGAGAAAGAAGAGGAAAAUUAUUUUAACGAGGACAGUGAUGAAGAAGAUUCAGCAUCUGCACAAACGGGCAGUAACAGACGCCUGUCUCAGCUUCCAGUGUUAGUCAACGGGGCUCCAGUGUACAAAGCGUCACCCAGGUCUGGUGGACUUGUUGAUUACGACGAUGAUGAAGAUGACGAGGAUUGGAAGCCCCCUCCCAAAAAGAUGAAAGACGUAUCUGAUGAAGAUGAGGGAUUGACAGAUUUCAGGUUGAAACGUAAAUUAGUCUCGAAGGAGGAGCCUGAGCCAAAAAGAAUACAACUUUCCGCAAAAGGUGGCUUAAAACCGAGAGGAGGUGGUGUUUUUGCUGCUUUGUGUUCCACCUUAAGUGAGGCUGUACUGCCUAACAAGAAAAUAGCAACCACAGCACUCAGCAAUGCACUCCCAAACACAAACCAGAACUCAGUCAAACCAGAUGACGGAGAGAAGAAAGCUGUUGGUCCAUCCGAGAAUGCAGAUAAAGUGGACCCCACCAACAAGGUAGAAGUUUCUAGAAGCUUCACUGACAAAUUUGAUGAGUCAGAUGAUAAUAGGAUAAAUGGAGACGAAUGCCCUCUGUUGCCAACAAAUUCAUCACCUGAAAUGGCUGUCAAUGGAUCUUGAGUUAUAUUUUUCUAAGGGGUGAAAACACAUAAAUUUCUGCAUUUGGAAAGAUAGGUGACCCCUCCCAAUUGCUUUUUAUGGAGCUUAUAGCAUGCAUUGCCAGAUCUUUUUUUUUGUGGAGAACUCGACAAAAAUGGAAAGGAGCUGACGAAAGAACAAUAAAAGAAUGAAGAAACUCCUAAAAUAUUGGGAGACGAUACUGUACAGUACUGGUCUGCAAGGAUGCUGGAGACUUUUGGGUGUAGGGUUUUUCCUUAUUUAGGCUUGUCAUGAUUUCAGCUGAGUAAUUUGUCAGCAUUGUAAGACUUCCAUAACUUUAGCCGUUUGCUAAUACAAGUGUUUUUUCCCCUGCUUAUGUUGAUAGUUGGAAUUUUAAUGCGAUACAGAUAGGACAACAAUCUUGUCUUGCGCGCAGUGUUAUAUCUCAGGCAGUUGUAUGUUGCUGUAACAUGGAAAGUAUUUUAGGGACCUUUUGUGGCCGAAUUUUGUGGUUUAAUGCUCUUUUUCUUAUUGAACUGGCAAGGAAAUGUACAUUGCGUUGUUUCAAGACUGCUGUAAUGAGUUGCAAGUAGACGCAUUUAGUGUUAUAAUUUUGUUUUCAACACUGAACAAGAUGAAAAACACUAGCGGUGCUUUAGUUGAUUCUUUGUGUUUAUGGAAAAUUCCA